UAGGCGCGCUAGUCCGUGGGGAGCGCACGGUAGGAACGGAACGUGCGCGAGUGGCGUUCCGAGUUUUGGUCGAGUGCUACGACCACGUCUCACAGAGGGAGAAUAUACGGCGCGCGCAUGUUUCCCCAGACCGCUCUCACCCCUGUCUGUUCAGUGACACUUGGUCAAGGGUAGGAGGGUUCCGCGCGGGCGAGAGCGAGCUGUGCUCGCGCGCGAAAACUGCGUACUGCGUCUUUGUGCGCUGCGACGACGUUCAAGUUCGCGCUGAGAGUCGACGCGUCCGCGUGCGCGCGCGCGCGCGCGCAAAAGUCAAUCGCGAUGAACGCGCGGGCCGGCGAGCACGAGUUUUCUUGUUUACGAUGCGCGCGGAAAGGAUGCCUCGCUCUUUCUCUCUCCUCUCCCUCUCUCUCUCUCUCUCUCUCUUCUUCUACGUGUUUGUGCCGCUGAACGUCAGUGAACGGCGGGAGAGCGACGAGGAAUAACGGUAGAGAAGGGUGAAGAGAUGCCGGCGUUUCCCGCGCUGCGCACCGCGUGAGUACCGCAGAGAGAGAGAGAGAGAGAAACAGCGUUCGCGUAACGCGUCGCGUUAAAAAUCGCGAGAAACGUCAAGCGUCGAGCAAGAUGGGAUGUAGCAGAGUUACCUUGCCGAGAUGAUCGGCGAGGACGGGGGAAUCUCAAGCAAGUAAGUGAGAGAUUUCAGUGUCGCGCGGAAUGACAGUCACACGUGCGACGCGACCUGAACGACUGCCGCGGUCAACGCGGACGAAUCGUCGUGCGACGAUGCUCGCUUUUUUUCUCCCGGUGUAAACAGACUGUCGGCGGAACGGAUCGGAAGACGGGAUAAUUCGCUCGCUCUCUCUCUCUGUGUGUGUGUGUGUAUGUAUAUACCGUGCGUGCGCGCGUACGCGCGCGCGCGCGCAAGCAAUCAUCGCUCGUCGAUCCGCACGAGUGAGAACGAUCGUCGUCGCGAGUGACAUUACGCGUUCGGAUUUAACGGUGGUGCGUCGUACACGUCGCGACAAUCGCACAAAUUGGCACAGUUCGCCACAGUGCGCGCGCGAACGAGCGAGCGAGCAUCAUCAAGCCCAUCAAGCACAGGAUGAGAGAGAAUCAGGUGGAAAUCGGACGUGAUAUAUCAUCUCGGGAAGACUCGGAAGAUUCUAUCCACAGAUUUUGGUGAUCGCGCUCAAAGUACAAAACAAGGUUAGUCUCGGCAAAAUCCGAUCCGUUUGUUUGGGGCGCAAGCAUCACACGCAUACACACCGCGUCGCGUUCGCCGUGUUUGACAUGUCGCUUUCCGCCGCUGCGCUGUUCGCGCGGCAUUCGCGCGCAGGGGAGAUGGUCGCAGCGGAAGUUAACGUUCGGAAAACCCGUCUGCGCAGCCGGACGAACGAAAGGUUAGCAAAUAUUCCAAACACGAUGGCCUACGACGACGACGACGACGACGACGACGACAACAACGACGACGACGACGACGAUGGAAGCGUCUGCGUCCGCGUCGCCGACACCCCGCACAUCUCAUCCGUCGUCGAUUCGAGCGGGCGCAGCUGCCACGAUAGCGUCGACAGCGGUUACUUGAGCAACCUGACGCCGCAUUCCAGCUACACGCCGAUGGUGAGCACCGGCUACAAGAACAAGUUGUCCGCUGCGGUCGCUAAGAGGCACCGCUAUCGUUCGGAUCCUUGGCAGUGCGAAAAGUUUCACAGACGCCGUUCGAAGCCGAGCAGUCAAUUGGUGAAUUCCUCGGAGAGCUCCGAGCAGGACUCGGGCAGAUUGGAAUUGUCGCGUGCGAGCGAGGAUCUCGGUCUGUUGGCGCAUUCCACCCCGAGCUACACAAACAAUGACGUCGGGAACAGGACUCUCGGGAGCAGGACCAGAAGAAAGUGUAAGAUCGCGGCGGCGGCGACGGCGGCGGCGCCCGUUACUCCUGCGUUAUCCGCAGGUCUUCAUCUUUUGUCACCGCCACCCUCGCCGGCGAUGCCCACCUCGUCCUUCCGCGUGACUUCCGGACUCCGGGUGGACGAGGAUGCGAGGAUGAGACUAGUCGUGCCGCCGCGAGAGAGCAUACCGGAAGUGGCGACACUGAUGAAAACCCCGAUACCGCUGAUUGUCGUCUCGCCGGUUCGCAAAAGAAUCGAUCCCGCCACCAUAACGUCGGUGGAAAAUCGACAGCUGAGCAAUCUGUCCAUCGUGGACUUGAGUGCCAUACCCGAGAUCAAACCGAAGAGGUUGGACUUCAGUCACCGUGGUGGUGGCGGCGGCGGCGGCGGCGGCGGCUUGACGUCGGAAUUGCGCCACAGCGGCGAUACCGAGGUGAGGACUAUUCCGCCGGCGGUGAGCUACGCGAGAAAGGACAAGGUGGAUUUCUUGUCGCUCCUGGGAAAAGAGAGCAAUCAUUGGAAUCUCGUGUCGAAGAUCUUGUCCUAUCUCGGAUGUCAGGAUCUGUGUACGGUCAGCAUGGUGUCUACCACGUGGAGAAGAAUCUGCAGAAACGACACGUGCGCCAACAGACGGAGGAUGCACUACAUUCUACGUAAGCAGAACGUCAAGGAGAACUUUACGAUCGCGAAGAAGGUGAAGCACGAGGAGGACAUACAGAUGAGUCCCAAGAGCAGGAAGGGAUGUAGCGACGUGAGGAAGGGCUGCCUGUCGAAUGUGCAGAACGUGCUGCACGUACCGUUGCAGCAAUCGAGGCCACCCAACAGCCCGCCCGUGUCGCCGAGCAAAGUCAAGUUUCACUCCUACGUGAAGGCUAGUCGCACGCUCGCACACGGUGAAUACUUGCUACCAUGCCCGAAAUGCACGUUUCCUUCCCACGUGGACAGCGAGAAGAACAUGGGGACCUGCACGAGGCAAGGCUGCUCCAUCGAAUUCUGCAUCUCCUGUUCGUCGAGACCGCAUAUAGGCCCGUGCAUGACGCCCCUGCUGGCCACCCCGACGAAACGUAACAAACGUCUGAUUGUCGGCUCGAGGCAGAGUAAGCGGAACUUGCGGAGGCUGUAGGAAAUUUGCGACCUCGCGCGACACUCUACGUGGUUCACACACGUUGAUUCGUCGUCGUGGGAUAGAAGAACUAGUCUAGCUACAGUGGCAUCAACUCCAUCGAACAAGAGGAUGUAAAUUAUAAAUUAGCGGAGAUGUACAUGUGUGUGUAUGUUUGGGUGGGUGUGUAUGCGUGUAUGCGUGUAUGUGAGUAUGUGAGCGCGCGCGCGCGCGCGCUUACGUAAAACAUGGACGAAAUCAAAAGUACGAGCCGCGAGUUACAAUCAAACGUAAUUUAAUAAGUAAUUGAGAGUAAUAUUCAUGUCGCGUUAUAAUUUAGUAAUUUCGUUCAAGUGGAUUCGGUUGCGCCUCGUGCCGAUCGCGACGCAUACGUUGUGCCUUAAUGCCUUCAAGUGCCUUUACAACAGAUGGUGUCUUCAGAUGGUGUAUAUAGGCCUGUCACUACUCACGCAGAGUGGCAUAAAUGCGAUUCAGGUCGCAUAGUUAGUAGCUGUGUAAAUUCUAAUUGGUGAAUUUUUAAGCGCCGUAAAAUCGGCAAACGCCCUAAUUUGCACAAAUCCAUCGGCACCUAGGGCUUAUGAUGUAGUAUUUAAGCAUCGCUUAAAUCUCCCGAACGACGGCGACGGUGCAACCCGAAUGUUCAAAUCCUCCUCCUCCUCCUCCUUUCGAUGGUCUUUGUAGUAAACUUGACGAUGAGUGGGAGAGAACGAGAGAUCAACGGCGCAAAAGCGUACCCUGCAAUGAACACUGAGGAGGGAAGAAGGAAGAAGCGGCACGAGAGAGAAGGAGGAGGUAGAGAAAGAAUAUAAGAGAGAAGAAAGAAAUGAGAAACCCCAUAAAGGCUGCUGCCGCGGUCGUAAAAUCCGCCAAGGGAUCGGCGAAACACUUUGCGCACCGCCCGGAUAUUCCGCUUUUUACCGGGCGCUCGGUUCCUUAAUGAAGCCGAAGAGACGACCGACCCCGUCGCAGUUCCGUCGCGAUUCCCGCACGCCCUCGCGGGAAUCGCCUCGUAAAACAUUAACUGCUGUGAACAGAACGAACAUUGGGGCGACCAGGAUGUGGCCAAGCGCGCCUCCGCGAACCGCAGAGACAAUUGUCAUUCUCUGUUCGCGCGAGGUGCGCUAGAAUCUUUGCGGAUCCUUGGCGACUUUAUCAGAUUUUAUUUAAUUCCGUAUUUGCGUGCACCCGUGUAGUUCGAUUAGAAUCGCUCCCUCGAUGGAAAUAUUGAGGAUUACGUAGCGCUAGAGGCGGCGCGCAAUAAGGAGACGAAACGAAUGCAGUGUCAGAGUGGCAAGCAAGAAUGACGUCGAGAACAAUGAAGGGCAGCAGAUGCAGUGUAGCAAUUGCAACUGUUUUAAUCGCCAAGGCAAUCGUCCUGUCAUUGUUGGACACUAAACUCGUUCGACAAAAGAGAUGUCAUCUUCGUUUCGUCUUCGUACUAACUAAUAACUGACGUCAAUAGCCGAUACAAAGAAUGCGACACGUUUGUGCCAUGAGAUUAAUUCGCGCCAUAACGCAUUUGCCAUAUUAUACUUUUAAAACUUUUGACACAGUUGAAGGGAGUGAAAGGGAUCAUCGAGUGUACAUUUCUUCGAUGUCUUUCGUCCCCCGUGCAAAACCCUCGACGGGAUAGCAUAUUUUGUUUGCGUUUUAUUUGUGUAUUUUUUAUUUCUCUCUCUCUCUCUCUCUCUCUCUCUCUCUCUCUCUCUCUCUCUCUCUCUCUCUCUCUCUCUCUUUCUCUCUCUCUCUCUUUCUCUCUCUCUCUCUCUGGGCGUUCGUACUCCAAAAAAACGCUCAUGUCUCAUUUUUUAAUGUUGCCUCUUUAGCGUUAUAUGCGAGAGAGCGAGAAUAAAGACUGCAUGUAAAUAAUCGAGCGUGAUAAUAAUAAUAAUAAUAAUAUAUAUAUAUAUUUUUUUUCGUUUUUAUGUUCACAGUGUCGCGCAAAAUUUUGAGAUUCGAUAUCUCACAUAUACGCAAUGUUUUAACGUUAUCAUGUUUGUCGAAUUAUUCCAUGAUCCUUGCAGGUCGACGCAUUAUCAUGAUAAAAUUACUUUUACAAACAAUAGCAAAUGAAACAAAUAGCGUUCACAAAAGAGAAAUUUUUUAACGCUCGACGAAACAAUUAUUGAGUACAAAACGAUACGAAUGUGAAAAGAAGGGAAAUCAUCUUACAAAUGUAACGAUCUGAAAUUAUUUGCAUCGACUGUUUUAGCUAUUGUCAAAACUAAAAUAGUUGUUUGAUAUUUUAAUUGGAAUUAAUUCCAAUUGCGUAUUCCCGUGUGCAUGUGAUUUCGUAACUUAAUACACAUACACAUGUAUUUAUAUUGCGCAUUGAAUUUAUACAAUUUUUCAAUUUGCUUGCGUUAUUAAAUAGUUGUGUUACAUUUUAAUGAAGAAAUUAAGUAACGAUGGAGUUACAGUAAACGAAUGAAACGUGGAAGAAUUUAGAGAUUUUUUUUUUUUCUUUCUUUUUUGUCUCAGCGAUUCGUCGUCUCACAUAAGCAAUUGCAAUUGUAAUGGUAUUUAAAAAAAUUUUAUCCGUAGACCUUUACUUUUUAAUACUCAGGAGAUACUCUGGCAGGAACCCAGUACACUUUGUUGAUUUAAGCUCUGUCUAAAGGACAAGAAAAAAGAAAAAAAUGGGCAGAGAAGAAAUCUUUAGCAAUGAGAAGGUGAUACCAAAUAAAUUGCGCGAUGAAUAUAUACAAUAAGUUAAAUAAAUCUUGAUAUUUUUAUAAGAAAACAAACGUAUUUUAAUACAUAGAACAUAAGGAAUUUGUAGCGUACUCGGUUUCUAGAAUAGAUUAAAAGUGCGAAAAUGCUCAAUACUCCCGAUUACAUAUUGUUUCACAAUUUGAAAAAUUUCACGCGUUAGACCAAUUGUAAAAUACGCAAGCGUCUACGAGAGAGAGAGAGAGAGAGAGAGAGAGAGGGGGGGAGAGAGAGAGAGAGAGAGAGAGAGAGAGAGAGAGGUGUAUCGCAUCUGCGUUAAGAUAAUCAAACAUUGUAAGCCCGUUCGGGAUACGUUCCUUAUUGUCAAUUAAGUAUAAUAACAUUUCUUUCACGUG